UGGCCCUCUCCGCCUCCUCCCCCUACUCUUCCUACCCUCACAAGCUAUACCCUUCUUCUUCUUCUUCUUCUUUGGAUCGACCUGUGCCCUUUUUCUUAUCGCCUUCGUCGAAGAAGAGUGGGGCGGGCGCUAUACGCGCGGCGAAGCAGCAGCAGAAGAGUGCGCCGGCGAAGAAGGGAGCCGGGAAGAGGAGGCCGCCGGAGAAGCCGCAGGAGACGGGCGCCGCCGUCGCCGGGGGUGCGGCAGAGCCACCCAACGUCUCCGCUGCCGAAGCCGCCUGCAGGGUUCGUGCUCGACGCGCACGGGCGGGUCCUCGCGGCGGCUUCCAAACGGAUUGCUACUAUAGUUGAUGCUACAAAUAAUUUGCCUUUAGAGUGUGUUAUUAGGAGGGUUUUCCAAAGUUCCCAAGGGGAUGAGUGCAUGCUACUCUGUCCUGUUGAUACGCCUGUGCAGAUUUUAAAGAGCACAAACUUCAAUGGAUGGUCAGCCGUGAAUGACGAUGAAGUUGAGGCUAUAAUUCCCUCUGCUGCAUACGCCCUUGCAAAAAUCCACAUGCAUCUUGUAGUUAGUGGGUUUUGCUACACAGCUAGAGGGGGUUUUUGCUACUCUGAAGAGGACAUACUUGAAUUUCGUACAGAUGAUGGUGAAGAUAUUGAAGGUUUGCCUUCUGAAGGUGUAGAGAUUACUUGCUUCCACUUGGAUGGGACACACUAUAUGAUUUAUACGCCAUCAGAUCCACUUCUGUUUGUUGCCGUGAAGGACAAAAAUGGCGCAUUGCAAAUUGCAGAUGAUGAUCUUUUGGAGGACCUUGCUGUCAUCGGUGCCAUAGACGAGGAGACGGAAUUCAACGCUUUAGUGGAAGAGGAGGCCGCCCUUCUCGAGUCGUUACUGGGGAAAGAUGACUGAUAUUCUGAUGACAUACAGUAGAAACUUUAGCUUCGACUCAUCCUGUGAAGAUAAAAUUCUCAAUGCAGCAAGAGAAAUUCACAUUCUCUCUGUAAAAAUUAGUCAUGUAAUCCCAUUUUCUUUUCAAUUUUUGUUGCUCAUAGUUGUAUAAGAAAUGUGGUUAUGGUGUCAUGUCGAGGGAAACACAUGUUGAGGGAAACACUCUCGUAACCGAAAAAGCAUAGCAGGUGUUGUUGUUAAGUGUUGUCGUUAAGGUUCCGUUCUGAGGUUGUGGAGAGAUUGUGUUAUGUAUGAUUAGUUCAGAUAUAUUUUGUAUGGUCUCACUGGAAAUUAGAGAAGCAUAUUCCGAAUGAUUUCAUUCUAA